AUGCACACCGGAACCGGAAAUCAGGCAAACCGUAUGCGGAAAUCAGACACACGGGAACCAGAAUUCAGGCAAACCGGAACCGGAAAUCAGACAAACCGGAACAGGAAAUCAGGCAAACCGGAACCGGAAAUCAGACAAACCGGACAAACCGGAACAGGAAAUCAGGCAAACCGUAUGCGGAAAUCAGACACACGGGAACCAGAAUUCAGGCAAACCGGAACCGGAAAUCAGACAAACCGGAACCGGAAAUCAGCUGGCAAUGGCGACACACGGAAUUUCUCUCUGGCUGGCAUCGUCAAACACGCGUGCUCCCUCGGUCUUGUCGCGUCUCCAUCGACGGAGGGAACGAUUAUGCACAUGCAUCUGAAGGAGAUAGCAUCUGUGCUGAUAGCAUUCGAUCGUCACAAAGAAUGGCAGAUCAGAGAACUCAAAAUCAGGCCUCCGAGUGGCUCCAUGCUGCUGUACAGUCGGAACAAGGUGAGGUACCGCAAGGACGGCUACUGCUGGAAGAAGCGGCGCGAUGGCAAAACCAUCAGGGAGGAUCACAUGAAGCUCAAAGUGCAGGGGGUGGAGUGUAUCUAUGGCUCAUACGUGCACUCGGCGAUCCUCCCUACUUUCCAUAGACGCUGUUAUUGGUUGCUCCAGAAUCCUGACAUCGUUCUUGUCCACUACCUGAAUGUCCCCUACCCUGACAACACCAAACUGAGCAUUCCUGUUUUAUCUUACGACAUGGAGAAGAAAGAAUGGACCAAGGAGGAACUUGUUGAUCAGCUCAGGCCGAUGUUGGCGUGUGGCAGGAGAGUGGAUCUUGGUCCUGAGCAAGAACACAUGGUUGAAGAAACAAUUGAAGACUUUGUUCAACAGUUGAUUAACCUUCGGCAGGACAAAUCAGGCAAAGCCAAACCCCACAAAUGCACUCCUUCCUGUGACAAAAACUUUCCUCAUUCCAAAUGCACCAAGGACUCAUCACCUCCUAACACAGCCAGCCUGGCACACAAUCGCCUAGUGUCCAUGUUGCAGCGCCACACCCAACGCAGCGCCACCCAGUCGGUAGCCCCACCCACUCCCGAGCUUCACACCAGCCAGGUGGUGAUCACGCCCACUACGGCCCCCUCGUCCAACUCCACUCAAGACUUGAACCACACAGCUGCAGCUCCUGCUCCUCUCAUUCUAAACCUAGCAAGUCUCCACGGCAGUAACGGUCUGAUCUUUGUCAGCGGACAUAACACAUCACCCAUCUCCAUCAUCAACAACUCUCUCACCACGCCCAUUCACACCAUCACCGCGGCAACCCUGGACACGCAGGGCCGUUUCCCUCAGCCUCAGAUACUCCAAACCAUUCCCCAAGUGCUUGCUGGUGUCAAGCAGGAUGAUAAAUUGUCACAACAUAUUCACAAUCUCCAUGCGCUUGACUCGAACAGAAAGUCUCCCGUUCCGAUGAAUAUUGCAAGUGAUGCUUUGUUGGAGCUGGCAGGCACCCAGCAGGAUUCGAAGGAUCUUUUUCUCGAUCAAAUGUCAGCUACAAUCUCAGAUACUCAGCGAAAUCUCCACAAUACAUUAGACUCGCUCAUUCGCGGGGACUGCUCGCACACUGUGGGAACACUAGUGAAAGAUAAUUCGGGGACUGAUAAUUGUGAUACUCUUGAUGGCAGCUUUUCCUCAUUUCCCAGUACUGAUCUCAAUCUUGAUUAUCUUCUCGACUUGCCCGAACUUUAUGACUGUCCUGAUUUGCCCGACACAAAUGCAAGUCUCGGGACGUCAAGUGGCGGAAUGCCGACUUCUGUCCCGCUCAUCAAUUGUGCUAACUGCCUCAGCAACCAACAAGCUCAACAAUCACAGCAGCAACGGGCAGAGUCGCAUCAAUCUUCAACAUCGACGUCUGCUACGUCAGACACGCAGACAGCAGACAACACUCACUCACAGACUGACACAGACAGCAGCUUCUCUCAGGGCGUCAUCACAGACUUCUCCCCUGACUGGUGCUACACAGAUGGUGGCACAAAGAUCCUGGUGACAGGCCCAUGGUUCUCCACGUCCACGUCCUACUCUGUUGUGUUCAACAGUAAGACGGUGCCUGCUACACUUGUACAGGCAGGGGUUCUCCGGUGCUUCACUCCAGCACAUGACGCCGGCCUGGUAACGCUGCAGGUGGCCAAUGAUGGGUUUGUCAUCUCCAACAGUGAGGUGUUCGAGUACAAGGCUCGGGAGAAGCACAGCACGCAGUCAGCUCACAACGAAUGGUUCUCAAUGGAUUCGACGGAGAUGAAACUGCUGCUGGUGGAGAGGUUGGAACAACUGGAGAAGAGGCUCAUGCCAGCUGACAAGAACACAACUUUCCUUGACAAGCAGCAUGCCCUGAAUGUUGACCAUGAGAACACCGAGUGUCGUCUUGUGCAGUAUGUGGAGCACCUGGCUGGUCGACCCUGGCAGAAACUGGAGACUUACCCCAAGGCUGGCCAUGGUGGACUGACUUUACUUCAUCUUGCGGCGGCCCUUGGCUACGCCAAACUCAUCAGCUCACUUGUUAGGUGGAGAUCUGACAUCUCUAAUUUAGUUUUAGAAUAUGAAGUUGAUGCUCACAGUGUGGACAACCAUGCCUGUACACCAUUGAUGUGGGCAUGUGCAAGAGGAAAUAUUGAUGCUUCACUGACGCUGUAUCAUAUCAACACGGGGCCACUCAGCAUCUGUAACAAGGAUGGACGUCUCCCGCUCACCGUUGCCCGAAGCAAGGGACAUCACAACCUUGCCAAUCAAAUCGAGCAGUUGGAGCAAGCUCGUCUGCAAGCCCCGCCCCCUUUCCCCCCAUGCACAUCCACAGCAUCAUUUGCUGGCGCAACUUCUUCUUUCACAACCUCGGACUCUAUCACUGCGUGUGAACUGUCACCAACUCCUUGCCAUAUAUUCCCCAGUUCUCACAAAAACAUUUGUGAUGAGAAACAGGAAAACCUUCACAUCGACAUACCUCCUCCCCCUCCCUACCCAGGGGAUUCCAAGCUCGUCCGGCGACUCAGUGAACAAGUCAUUGGCACCUGUCAUCGCCAACUUAGCAAACGCUAUUCGGUGGAUAUAUUGCCGAGUGGGGCAACAAACGACCAGACCUCGCCCCAACAUGACGCUUUUCAGAAGCCAAUUCGGGAGGCCAAUUCUGAGCCACAUCUGUCAUUGGUUGGUGAUCAUCCAAUCAGUGCAGUGACGGACUCUGCCUUGCUACCAGUUGCUCAACGUGAUCUGGCAUCGCCAGAUAUUCUCAUGCAGACCGAGUCUUUGCUCAACACCAUAGCGACGGAGUCUGGGAAGGAGACGGAUGGUCUCCUCAUGCAGAUGGACACAGAUGAGGUAUCAUCGGUGCGGAGUGACAGCCCUUUCAUUGAUGUAGAAAAGAUCUCAUCUGACGAGGAGGCGGAACACAAGGCAGCCGUUGCUGCUGCUGCUGCUGCCGCCGCCGCUGCUGUAGCAUCUGGUGAAGGUGGGGAUCAUGAAGGCAAGAACCAAAUGGUAACCCUCGCCAACCAGAUCAUCGCAGCCAUGCCGGAGCGUAUCAAGCUGUCUCCUGCCAAGGAGGAAGAGUGUGGAGUGAGCAGUCGAGCUCGGAGUGAGUCCUACAGCUCGGCCCCGUCUCAAGGCUCACCUCCCACCUCAUCCUUCGGGGAUGAUUCUGGAAUCUCAACACCCAUGACAGAUAGUCUGGCCUUUGAUGAGUACAGGUACACAGACCUGGGCACCCCUGCCUCGUCCCUGAGCCCGGACUCUACCUGUCUGCCCAGCCCCUACAGCCCCUACAGUUCCUACAGUUUCACUCUGGACUCCCCGCCCCCCACCACUGCUGACUUCACCGAGUACUUCAACGCGCCAGCCACGUACAUGGAGAAGGACUUUUCCCAACUCACACUCUCAGAUCAGGAACAGAGAAAGCUGUACGAGGCUGCCAAGGUGAUCCAGAAUGCGUAUCGGCUGUAUCGGGAUAAACAACAACUGCAGCAGCAGCGACAGAAGGAGAUAGAAGCCGCCAUCUUGAUCCAGAGCUACUAUCGGCGAUACAAACAGUAUGCAUACUUCAAGAAGAUGACCCAGGCAGCAGUGUUGAUCCAGAAUCAGUUCCGGAGUUACUACGCACAGAAACGUCUCAAGAAGAACCGAGACCCUGCGGCUGGCCUGCAGCGACAAGGACCGGAGAGACUGAAGAAGGGCCGCAACCAGUCCGUGAUCAUCCAGCAGAGAUACAGGUCUCACUAUCAGAGGAAGACGGAGAAGGAGGGUCGACAGUUGUCGGCUGAUGCAGCAGAUAGCUCCCCACCCCCCGAGCAAAGCAGCACAUCCAGAGACGGAACCCCACCAGUCGAUGCUGAGCCAGAUAUCCCCUACCCAGAAGAAGAGGAUGGGUGAGCCACCGUCAGGGACAGACACGCCCACCCACUGCUGGAUCUGUGACUGGGCAUGGCUGUUCAUCUUGGUGACACCCUCGGGAGGACAACCUCUGUCUGAACCACAAUGCCCAUGUCACGCUGUGUUCAACUGCUUAGGUAGCAAUGGCCUCCGGAGGACUUGUGAAGGAACAAGCUGUCGUUGUUGUCAGGUUGAGCCGUGUCGUUCUUUGACAUGCCUCGUCAGUAUGGGUUGGGACGUGAUGUAAAAGGGUGUGUAGCCUAUGUAUGUGUGACACCGGCGUUGUGAACAAGCUGUGGAAAUAGGCUUGCUGUGAAAUACCCACAGUUUCAACCCUUUGCUGUUUCAAGUUUGUCAUGGCUCGUCGUGGACUUUCAGGUUUGAUUCGUGACAAAUAGCUGCCAACUGUCCCAUUUUUUUAAUGUUUUUGUUACGAAUUUGCAACUUUUGUCCUUAAUUCCUGUUAAGAAUAUGCCAAUCUACAUAAAAAUAUCACAAGGUUUCAAUUUUCAUAGACACUGAUAAAGAGAGGGUCAUUAUUUAGCCUUACACCGUCAGCUAUAAAUGCUUCAUGUUUAUCGACUGGUAUAUCAUCAUAUUUAUAGGGUUGCAUUUGUUCAAUUGAGACACUCCACGGUAUUAUUGAAAGUUGCUUAAGUCGAGAUAGAAACAAACUUUAAAAUUAUGAACUGAGUUUCGGAAUCACAUGGCUGUAUUGUAUUGUAGUCGAUUCAUAUCGUCUGGCUUUGUUGUCAGUUAAAGAAGAUUGUUGGAAAAUACUAAACUGGGAAAAUUGGCAGCUAUGGUGACAGAUCCUGCCAUUUAAGUUCAUGUUUGUCAGCCAAUGUAUCAGUGACAAGCAUGAGCCACAUUGAUAUGAACAGGUCUUCAAUUUUCCAAUGGUGAAAACGUGCAGCUGAUUGACUCUGGACACGCCCAUCCUCCACUGGACUCUCCGCCUAGUGGCCCCGCCUUCUCCUCAAGGGUGCCCCGCCCUCUUCUCUACCCCUGCUGUGAUUGUUUCUUCAAGCUGCACCUCGCAGACACUGCUCAACACUGGACUACUCUCUGUUCUCAAUUGUUUCCGCAACUUGAGAUGACUCAUGAACGUAUUCAACAACAAGUGGUUUACCUCAACAGAGAAUCAGUGGGCGUGGUGGGUAAAUGACAUUUCAGCAGUUUGACAAGUUGACAGGUAAACCUGCAACAAUGAGAUAUGAUUUGACAUAAUAUUGUUAUGUAGAAACAUUAACUAUAUCAUAUUCAUAAAAGGUAUAUUUUCCUGCUUGUGUGUUUCAGCAAAUGGUAUUAUUUCAGUCCAGAUAUUUCUUAGUUCCAAAUAAUUUGAUAAUUAUUUUAUGAAAUUAUCGGUGAACAGAAUUCUAUGAAAUGAUUGUUUGGGAAAUUCCAUCAAGACAGAAUAUGAACUGUUUGAUAGGUAUAACUUUGAAGUUGACGGAUGACAAAGUAGAGAUAACAUAUGGAUAACUUCUUUAUUAACUGUAAAGGCGAUGUUUGCAAUGACAACGGUAUAAGAACAAUACCGAAACAUUGCCUUUACAGUAAAUAAAGGCAUUAAUUAACUCUACUUUGUCAAGACAGAAUGUAUCUAAAUUAUUCCCCUAAGAACUUUAUUCAGUGAACGAAAUAUUGUUGGGAAAUGUUUCUGAAGAACAUUGUAUUAGCAGUCCAAAUGUCAAGAUAUCAGGACAUGCAUGUCACAGUGUUGUAGUAGUAGAGUAUUGGAAUCCAUUGGACGAGGUAGAAUACAGGUACUAAUGGCUCACUGAAAAAGUCAAAUUGUAAGGUUCUAUGGAAGUUUGAAAUCCUGAGACAACACAGCUGACAACUAGCCUUUGAAUAGCCUAGUAGUUUAAUUAGGAUUUGACUUCAAGAGAAAACUGCUUUAGGUGGCAUCCUGUUGGUGACAAUUGCCAUGAUCUUACCUCCUCCUCUGACUUCCUAUCUAUUGCACAACACGUGUCCGUCUUGGGCAUCUCUGUGUUUCAUUGACCCUACUGUCCUGUCCACUAGUUACGACUGGAGUGUUGCUAGCUGUGGUAUUAACCAGAGCAGUGUUCUUAACCAACAUCCACAAGAUGGCCCUUUUGAUUUUUCAAGGUCAAACAUGGUUGAUUGUUUGUGGCUCCUGACAUUGGUGGGUAUCGACGUGAUAUAAUUAACCCAAACCAUGAUGAGAGAAGAUUGGGAAGAGUGGCGCCAUAUUGAAACAAAUAGGCCGAACAAACCCUGGAGAUAGUUGCCUUUGUUCCAACCGGAACCUUUUCUGGUUAGAACCAAGGUUUGAUACAGUUCUCUGUUGGUAACCGAAGACAUUUGGGUUGUACAGCCGAUGAAACGCUCAUGUUAAGUCAGCUGUUGAUGGCUCACAGACAUAUCAUGAUGUUGCAUUCAGCAUUGUCUAUUUCCUGUUUCUGUGAUAAUUCCCCAUGUCCUACUUACGCUGUUAAACUGGUCUUUCAUUUCUCCACUUGUUGAUGACAUCAGUUCCUAGGUAUUAAAGAUGUUUCUUGCAUGUUACUUAACUGUUAAUAGCCUUGCUACUGACUCGUUAUGUUUGUAAUUAAACUGUACAGCCAGUUGUUGUCAAACUUUGAAAUUAUUCCAAUUUAAUCCCAAUUUCUAGUUAAUGCAAAGAAAUAUGCAUGUUGAAAUAUUUAUAUUUUAAGGUCAUCUUUGCACAUGAAUAUAAGAAUCACCACGCAACAUAUAUGGCCACAAUGUGUGUUAUGAGCAUGUCAGGAAAAGAAAAUAGCAACUGUUACGACUGAGCUUCUAAAACUGUUUUAAAACAAACCUAUAAUAUUUGGAUUAGAAACUCAGUUAUGUUUUAUGUUUUCAUAUUUGCUUUUGUUUGUACAAUGAUUAAAUGCUUAAGUAGCAUAAAUUCAUUAAAGGAGCACUAGGCUCUGGCUUCUGUGCUGACACUGCCCCCAUGGGCUCAUCAGCUGCUUGGAGCUGAUUGGCUGGCUGAGGCAACUGAGAGGACGUGACACUGCCCCCAUGAGCUCAUCAGCUGCUUGGAGCUGUUUGGCUGGCUGAGGCAUCUGAGAGGACGUGACACUGCCCCCAUGGGCUCAUCAGCUGCUUGGAGCUGAUUGGCUGGCUGAAGCAACUGAGAGGACGUGACACUGCCCCCAUGGGCUCAUCAGCUGCUUGGAGUUGAUUGGCUGGCUGAAGUAACUGAGAGGACGUGACACUGCCCCCAUGGGCUCAUCAGCUGCUUGGAGCUGUUUGGCUGGCUGAGGCAACUGAGAGGAUGUGACACUGCCCCCAUGGGCUCAUCAGCUGCUUGGAGCUGAUUGGCUGGCUGAGGCAACUGAGAGGACGUGACACUGCCCCCGUGGGCUCAUCAGCUGCUUGGAGCUGAUUGGCUGGCUGAAGCAACUGAGAGGAUGUGACACUGCCCCCAUGGGCUCAUCAGCUGAGUUGAUUGGCUGGCUGAAGCAACUGAGAGGACGUGACACUGCCCCCAUGGGCUCAUCAGCUGCUUGGAGCUGAUUGGCUGGCUGAAGCAACUGAGAGGACGUGACACUGCCCCCAUGAGCUCAUCAGCUGCUUGGAGCUGAUUGGCUGGCUGAAGCAACUGAGAAGACGUGACACUGCCCCCAUGGGCUCAUCAGCUGCUUGGAGCUGAUUGGCUGGCUGAAGCAACUGAGAGGACGUGACACUGCCCCCAUGAGCUCAUCAGCUGCUUGGAGCUGAUUGGCUGGCUGAGGCAACUGAGAGGACGUGACACUGUAGGAGGAGUGGACAUGCUGUGUCAUGUUUAGGACAGUCAGCCUGCCCACUGCUCAACAUGAAACACCUUGAAAAAGCCAGCCAAUUCUGAAGGCUUGAGCCUAGUGACCCUUUCAAUUCUAAAACUACCAUAGAUGCAAUGUUCAUGAAUUUGUAAUUUUUGAUUGGCUCUAAUCAUGACACACAUGACCUUGAAUCAUUUCAUGACAGAAAUAGUUUCCUAAAUAAUAUUGUUAUCACUGACCUGAGCAACAUGAACAAUGGUUUAUGCAGCAUAUUGUGUUGGUAGAGAUUAUGCGUGCCUGUUACUCAGUGUCCACACCAGAGCUUCGUAUGACAGUAAGAAGGGGUUCACGCAGGUGGAUCACCUGCUUUAACACUGAGUGUCCACACCAGAGCUUCGUAUGACAGUAAGAAGGGGUUCACUCGGGUGGAUCACCUGCUUUAACACUGAGUGUCCACACCAGAGCUUCGUAUGACAGUAAGAAGGGGUUCACUCGGGUGGAUCACCUGCUUUAACACUGAGUGCUCAGCUUCACAAAUUGCCAGUGUUGUUGUAGGGAGGAGAGAAUUUCAUGUUUUCCUAAAUCUAGUUUUUUAUAUUUGGAGACUUUGUUUCUCAUCGUCAUCAAUUGAACGUUGAAUGUGGAUGUUUAUCAAGUCCCCUUGUUGUGUGUAGUGAUGGAUGGAGAAUGUUGAAUGUUUACUUUGAUUUACUUGAACAAAUCUUUGACAUGAAGCGGAUCUACAUGAUUGUUAGUAUGAAGGCUCUUAUCCAAGGCAUAUGUUAAAAUUCUCUUACAGUCUUGUGUGUGCACUGAUCAUGUAGAUUAGGUUUUUCGUCCUAUUUUUCGUCCUAUUUUUCGUCUGUCUAAAUAGUUUUUUGGAUGACAAAAUUAGAAUUAAAACAAAUGUGAAAAGCUGUGUUCCCUACAACGGAAGCUUCCUUUAACCUUUAACCUUUAACCUUUAACCUGAUUUUUGUUUAAACAUUUAAGCUAAGGCCCUUUUUGUGGUCAAUAAUACAUUUGACCUUUUGUCAGCAACUUUUUGCUGUUUAAGACAUCAAAAUCACUUGGAUCAAAGACUUGCUCCUGAUCAAAUAUUAGAAAAUUCUUCUUGAAAACCAUGUAGACAUCUUGUACAGCAUUUUGCAUCUGAAGAUAUUGUCCCAGAGACUCUGUAACACAAGACAGAGAGUGUUACACUUUGCUGGUCAGUAAGAUCCUGUUGUCUCAAGCACAAGCUAUUUCUCUCCCUCCAGCUCUAGGGUCUUGUGUCCAUCAUUUCUUAUAGAGAUAUUACUUUAAAGAGAUGAAGAAUGCUAUGUCAGACUUGUUGUAGGGGGUCUAGUCUCUCCUGUUGUGCAGGUAUGCUUGUUUCUUCAAUGAGCUAUUAAAGGGGUACUCCGCUCCAGGGUUUGUGUCCAUUCCAGUGUAGAUGUUGUAAUGCUGGAGUUUCUGCUCUUAGUGGUGAUCAUGUGACAAGGAUACGCCAUAGGAUGCACUGGGUCACAGUUUGAAAUAGACAUCGGCUGGCCCGUAGGUCCGAGACCGACAGAUUUGUUCUCAGGCUGAUAGUUUUAAAUUUCAGCAAGCCCUUAUGGCCUACAGUUUGUUCAGGUAAUUAUUUAUUAAGCAUUAUUUAAGAAAUGUGAUAAACAUAACUUUCAUGUUUAUAAGUGGUAGGAUUAGACCUUUCGAAUGGUGUUUGACAUGUAGUCGCAAAGAUGUUUUACAAGCUAAUGAUUUCCUGAUAAAUGUAGGCUUCAUCUAUCACAACUGCGUCUGUGGGAACUCGGUGUGAUAGCUGUCAAGGCUUCUGGUUGACUGAUUGUGUUUUGUAAUUUAAAUUGCAAGUGUAUGUCUCCCUGCUUCAGCUAAAAUGUUUGGGCCUACAGUUUUUCCACAGGGCCUACAGUUUUUCAAAUGGGCCUACAGUUUUUCAACUGGGCCUACAGUUUUUCCACAGGGCCUACAGUUUUUCCACUGGGCCUACAGUUUUUGAAAUGUGCUGGCCCUUAAGGCUCUCAGUUUACUCUGCUAGUUUCAGAUCCAGUGAUCUAGAUAUGUAACGUAUCCACAGGUCCUUACAUCAUGGUGACUUCUCCUGAGUAUACAGAGUGUCCAUCCCUCGAUAACCAGCUGGUUGCUGACAUCAAUCUUUAGACGUAUAGCAUGUCCCUUGUCACAUGAUUGGCCUAAGUUAGAAUUGCGAGAGAUCUCGUUGACUGGACUAGGACUAGGAGUGUCCUGUGUCACAUGAUUGGCCUAAGUUAGAAUGGCGAGAGAUCUCGAUGACUGGACUAGGACUAGGAGUGUCCUUUGUCACAUGAUUGGCCUAAGUUAGAAUGGCAAGAGAUCUCGAUGACUGGACUAGGACUAGGAGUGUCCUGUGUCACAUGAUUGGCCUAAGUUAGAAUGGCGAGAGAUCUCGUUGACUGGACUAGGACUAGGAGUGUCCUGUGUCACAUGAUUGGCCUAAGUUAGAAUGGCGAGAGAUCUCGUUGACUGGACUAGGACUAGGAGUGUCCUUUGUCACAUGAUUGGCCUAAGUUAGAAUGGCGAGAGAUCUCGAUGACUGGACUAGGACUAGGAGUGUCCUGUGUCACAUGAUUGGCCUAAGUUAGAAUUGUGAGAGAUCUCGUUGACUGGACUAGGACUAGGACUAGGAGUGUCCUGUGUCACAUGAUUGGCCUAAGUUAGAAUGGCGAGAGAUCUCGUUGACUGGACUAGGACUAGGAGUGUCCUGUGUCACAUGAUUGGCCUAAGUUAGAAUGGCGAGAGAUCUCGUUGACCGGACUAGGAGUGUCCUGUGUCACAUGAUUGGCCUAAGUUAGAAUGGCAAGAGAUCUCGUUGACCGGACUAGGACUAGGAGUGUCCUGUGUCACAUGAUUGGCCUAAGUUAGAAUGGCGAGAGAUCUCGUUGACCUGACUAGGACUAGGAGUGUCCUGUGUCACAUGAUUGGCCUAAGUUAGAAUUGCGAGAGAUCUCGUUGACCGGUCUAGGACUAGGAGUGUCCUGUGUCACAUGAUUGGCCUAAGUUAGAAUUGCGAGAGAUCUCGUUGACUGGACUAGGACUAGGAGUGUCCUGUGUCACAUGAUUGGCCUAAGUUAGAAUUGCGAGAGAUCUCGUUGACUGGACUAGGACUAGGAGUGUCCUUUGUCACAUGAUUGGCCUAAGUUAGAAUUGUGAGAGAUCUCGUUGACUGGACUAGGACUAGGACUAGGAGUGUCCUGUGUCACAUGAUUGGCCUAAGUUAGAAUGGCGAGAGAUCUCGUUGACCGGACUAGGACGAGGAGUGUCCUGUGUCACAUGAUUGGCCUAAGUUAGAAUGGCGAGAGAUCUCGUUGACUGGACUAGGACUAGGAGUGUCCUUUGUCACAUGAUUGGCCUAAGUUAGAAUGGCAAGAGAUCUCGUUGACUGGACUAGGACUAGGAGUGUCCUUUGUCACAUGAUUGGCCUAAGUUAGAAUGGCGA